ACAGCUAGAUACACAUAUAUACAUUUGGAAGGUUUAGACGUGUUCAAGGUAUUGACGCCAUCGCAUAUUAACUGUUGACAUGCCGCCGAAAAUGGAGUGUAACACGGAUUUACUGUUGUUGGCCAUGUUGUCGUGGUUAUGUAAGCCUCUAUCAUGCGAAUUGGCUCUGGGACAACCAGGUGAAAACUGUAAAUUAUGGGUACCUCCUGAUUUCAAAACUGUAACUCCAAACGACAAAGUGGAUGUUGGUUCCCCAUCUGUACUAAGUUCUGUGUCUCUUGUGCAGAUCGGCGUGUAUGUGGAACAUACCAAGUGGAUUAACUUUGAAGGAUGUACAGCCCACCUCCAUGACGGACAAUGUGUUCAUAGACUGAGUGGACGAACGGACCCUAUCGUGGAAUGUUAUCAUUACUGUAACAAGUCAAUAUUCUCAUUGUUUAAUGGGUGUUGUUAUUGUAAGGAGUAUGAUCACAGAAGGCCCACCUUAUGUCAAACUAAAAACUGUUUUCCUAAAUACAAUGGAUUUUGUGGUGAAUAUUUUAGGGACCGGAAUUCAGGUUGUUUUUGUCAAUAUCGUCCAAUCGAACAGACUGUUAGCGGUGGACCGUACAACUGUUUGGCACUACGUCAUACAACAGGACAGAAUGUACGAGUCCAGCCUGAAAGCUGUGACAAGGAUUUGAAAUAUAUCGGUAAAAGAGGAAAACAAAAUCACGUAUUCACUAAAUCUGACUGGUGGACAGCGGCCUUAGGAGUACAAAGAGAUUUGUACUUUUUCGCCAAUGAAACAUACUUAAAAAGAAGUAUCGCUUUCAAUCAAAAUACUUUGUACUGGACAGGCGUCUUCAGAAAACACAUGCUUGUAACCGAACGCCCAAACACAGUGGAGUUUUGUGGUGUGUUGGUGAAAGAUGGAGGAGGAUCAGUCCGAUUUAAUAUAAAGAGAUGUAAUAAUUCGUACCCAAGGUUAUGUGUGAUAAAUGGUGGCUCUUCUUUGAUACCUCCGACUACAACACUGACACCCACCACACUAACACCCAGUAUACUAACACCCAGUACACAAACCAUUCCAGUCGACAGUUGUACCCCUGGACAUGUAUGCAACACAACCGACGUCAGACCGACGGAGGACGAUGUUAUAUGUAUCAGUACCGCAGGAUUCAUUGCUAUUAUCAUCGUAAUUAUUUUAUUACUUGUUAUAUCUGUGGCUGGUUUUGUUAUCAAUUAUCGAAAAUCUAAAACAUCUGAACUGGUCAGGGACAGAAAUGUUUCCACAGAGAUGCGCCAGCUCCGGAAUGAACCCCAACAUGAUGGAAACGACUACAAUCAACUGAACAUUGAUGAGAUCAGUAAUAAUGUUUAUCAGGAGAUGGGUAUAAACGCGGGGCUUCGGGAUGAACAACAAGAUGAUGGAAACGACUAUAAUCAACUGAACAUUGAUGAGAUGGGUAAUACUGCCUAUCACGAGAUAGGUACAAACGCGGAUGUCAAUUAACACUGAACAUUGAUGAGAUCUGUAAUACUGUCUAUCAGAAGAGAUAGAUAUAAACACGGACAUGACUUAACACGGAACAUUGAUAAGAUCUAUAAUAAUGUCUAUCAGGAGAGAUAGGUAUAAACGUGGACGUCAAUUAACAUUGAACAUUGAUGAGAUCUGUAAUACUGUGUAUCAGAAGAGAUAGGUAUAAACGCUGUCGUCAAUUAACACUGAACAUUGAUGAGGUCAGAAAUACUGUGUAUAACGAGAUAGGUUUAAACGCGUGAUAGGGGAGGUGACCAGGCAAUAUCAGAUAGUGGCAACGUUGACAAUCCGGUUCAUAGGGACACUAUGAUUCACUUAGGGAAGUUGGAAAUCCGAACUCGUCCAUAAAUAUCUGACCUGUUAGCGAAGUUUGAGAUCAGAACUGACCAUGCUAAGGACGUUAGAUAUCUAAAUUCGUCAACAGUAUGACUAGUAUUGUCAUUAAAUAAAAUUGCCCUUUUUUCGAGUUGAUAACUAUUAUAUCGUACAUAACAUUAUAACUCCCAUACAUUUCCAUACAUUUCCAUUCAUUCACUGAUUAUUCAUAAUUAAUAAACUGCAGAUACGGUCACAUAAUCUCUAUAAUAUUUCCAGAUAUGACUUAUAAUGUUAAUAUCAACUCAACCUACAGCGAACUCUAGGUUAUGUCCGUUAUAUAUGAGCAUUGUGAAGAAGUGAUAGGAAAAUCAGGCUCUAGUCGUGUAGAUUGGAAAAUAAGACUAAAAAAGUUAAAGGAGUCUAACAUUGAUGUAUUUAGAAGUAUAUAUUCUAAAGAUAUUAUGUUGAUAUUUCGGCAAAAACAUGGUUUGAGCAAUAUCAAUAAGAUUUUCCGAUUUUUUCCUUUUGGAAUUAA